AUGACGUUUUGGUGCGCCUGUGCGGCUGCUAACCAGGAGAUGGCAAGGGGAAGAAGAGGAAGAAACCGGUCAGUGAAAAAGAGAAAGAGCCCAGUUUCGGACCUCCUGGCGCCUUGGAGUUGUAGCCGCCCGGGACGAGACCUUGAACCUUUCAGUGCCGCAGCCAUCAGCCUAUCAACGCAUCAAGCCAUCCAAGGCUGCAAUCUCUUCGUGUUUCAUCUUCCGGACGAUUGGACCGAUGAGGAUCUCUUGGAAUAUUUCGCGCCGCACGGGAAUGUGGUGAGUGCCAAGGCGGGAGUGGCUCUGGGGCCGACAUGCACCAAUGGGGGCGAUGUCAUUGUGGGCCCGCCCAUGAAGGUGAUGAAGGAGUUGGGAACAGGACGCUCCAGGGGCUUUGGCUUUGUCAGUUAUGAGGAUCGCGUCAGCGCAGCCACGGCCAUCAAAAAGAUGCAGGGCUUCAAGAUCUUAGGGUAUGCCCCGCUCUUGAAGCAGAUACGUAUGGACCUGUUCAUCAGGAAGUGUGGCUAUGUGGGCCGUGACAAUGGGAAGGAUGAUAAAUUGGACUUCGAGGAGAAAGGGAGUGGCGACGAUGAACGGCUCAUCGGCUACCUGCGUGCCAUCAGCGCCAAGUCAGUGGUGCAGUCUCUGAAGGAAUCGGAGAAGGAGGACUGGCAUACGUUUGCUGACGGGCAUUUCGUCCAGGCCGUGGAGUUCGGCGCAGGCACCGGACACCUGGGGCUGCUGCUGGCGCAUCUGCGGCCCGAUGCCUCGGUGGUCUUGGUAGAGGCACGCGCCGGCAGCAGCACCGUGGCACGCAGCCGCAUCGAGACGAUGGGAAUCCGAAACUGUGAGGUGUUUCACGGCACCCUGGAUGACUUUGCCAACACGGCCCAGGAGUUCGACCUGGCGCUGGGUCUUCAUACUUGCGGCCUGUUGGCCGAUGCCGUGUUGGCCUUGGCCGUGAGGCGGCGCAGCAGUGUCUGCCUGGUUCCUUGCUGCUACGGCCAGGUUGCCAGUCUGAAGGUGGAUCACCAGCGGGGUGAAGGCACUGCGCAGCGGAUGCACCCCUGCAGCCAGGCCAUGCAAGGCGCCACCUCCUCCGAAACUUUUGCGUGGUGUGCCAAAGCCGCCGACUUCACGCCAGGAAAGGGGGGCGCCUUUGACGUUGAGAGCACUGGCUUCCAAACAGCUUUGCGUUGCAUGCGCAUCAUCGAUACCGACCGACUACUUCUUGCACGGGAAGACAGGUUCAGAGCAGCGUCGCAGAAUCAGUGCUAA